AUGGUGGGAAGCCUUAGAUACAUUUGUCACACAAGACCUGAAAUCUCAUUCAGUGUAGGUGUGGUUAGCAGGUUCAUGAGUGACCCUAGACAGUCACACCUGUUAGCCAUCAAGAAGAUUAUGAGGUAUUUGAGAGGUACUCUAGACCUUGGUAUUCUAUUUCCUCAUCAGAAGAGUAAUUGCAAUCUGAAGCUGGUAUCUUAUUCAGAUUCUGAUUGGUGUGGUGACAUCAUGGACAGAAAGAGUACAAUGGGAAACAUUUUCCUUCUUGGUGAUGCACCAGUGUCCUGGUGUAGUAAGAAACAGCCUGUGGUAGCCUUGUCUACAUGUGAAGCUGAAUAUAUUUCAGCUUGUUUUGCUGCUUGCCAAGCAGUUUGGUUAUCAUCCUUGUUAGAAGAAUUGAAGGCUGGUUUUGGAAGUAAGAUUGAGUUUCUGGUAGACAACAAAUCUGCAAUAGAUUUGGCUAAAAAUCUUGUGUCACACGGCAGGAGCAAACAUAUAGAAACCAAAUUUCAUUACUUGAGACAGCAAGUAGAUUCUGGAAAGAUCAAGAUUGAGUACUGUCCAACUGAUUCACAACUUGCUGAUAUACUAACCAAGGGACUGAAGAUUGAAAAGUUCAAAGAAAUGAGAAGACUUAUUGGAGUUACAAGCCUGACUGAAUUGAAGACAUAG